AUGAAAAACUCUUCAUCUACUUCUUUCAACCACGGUUGGACAUAUGAUGUGUUUGUGAGUUUCUACGGCGAUGACACUCGUUACGGUUUCACAGGCAAUCUUUAUAAUACCUUGCGCCGAAAGGGAAUCAACACUUUUAAAGAUGACAUCAAACUGAAGAAAGGAGAAGAGAUUUCAGAAGAUCUUCUCCAAGCAAUUGAUGAGUCUAGGAUUGCCAUAAUUGUUUUCUCAGAAAAUUAUGCAUCCUCAACUUGGUGUCUUGAUGAACUUGUCAAGAUCAUGGAGUGUAAGAAAGAAAAAGGACAACUGGUUCGUCUAGUUUUCUACUAUGUCGACCCUUCAAAUGUCAGGCAUCAGAGGGAAAGUUUUGGAAGGUCAAUGGCUAAGCAUGAAGAAAAUAUCAAAAUUAGUAAAGAAAAAGUAUGUAAGUGGAGAAGUGCACUCUCAUCAGCUGCAAAUUUAUCAGGAUGGCAUUUCAAAAAUGGGUAUGAGUAUGAAUUAAUUCAAAAGAUCACCGAAGAAGUAUCGAAUAAAUUAAAUGUAACACCCUUACACAUAGCUGAUAAUCCAGUUGGAUUGAAUUACAAAAUGUCUCAAGUGUUAUCACUUCUAGAAAUAAAGUCUAAUGAUGAUGAUGUUUGCAUGGUUGGAAUUUGUGGAAUUGGUGGCAUUGGUAAAACAACACUAGCUAGAGCAGUAUAUAACUCAAUUUCUAGAAAGUUUGAUAGCUCAAGUUUUCUUGUUGAUGUAAGAGAAAAUUCAAUGAAACAUGGUCUAGUACACUUGCAAGAGACCCUUUUGCUUCAUUUGCUAGACGAAAAUAUCAAACUGGAUGAUGUGAGCAAAGGAAUUCCAAUAUUAAGAAGACGGCUUCGCAAUAAGAAGGUUCUUUUCAUUCUCGACGAUGUCGAUAAUCUUCAACAGUUAAGAUCAUUGGUUGGAAGAAAUGAUUGGUUUGGUUUUGGAAGUAGGAUUAUCAUAACAACCAGAGAUAAACAUUUGUUAACUACCCAUGGAGUUGAAAAAGAUAAACUAUAUGAAGUGAAAGAACUGAAUGAUCGUGAAUCUCUUGAGCUUUUUAGUAUGAACGCUUUUAGAAAAAGUGUGCCUGAUCCAAGUUAUGUGGAGAUAGCAAAAAGUGUAAUGCAAUAUGCAAAAGGUCAUCCAUUAGCUUUGAAUGUAAUAGGAUCUGAUUUAUUUGGCAAAACCGUAGAAGAAUGGAAGAGUGCGUUGAAUAAAUAUGAAACAAUCCCAAGCAAAGAGAUUCUCAAUGUCCUUAAAGUAAGCUAUGACAAUUUGGAUGAUAAUGAAAAGGAAAUUUUCCUUGACAUUGCUUGUUUCUUCAAAGGAUAUCCGAAGGCAGAUGUGGAAAAGACACUAGAUGAAAGUCGGUUUUAUUCAAAAUAUGGCAUUGGAGUACUUGUCGACAAAUCUCUUGUAACAAUUGGUGAAUCCAAUUCAGUAAAGAUGCAUGAUCUUGUACAAGACCUUGGUAAAAACAUUGCUAGAAAUGAGUCGCCGUUUGAUCCGAGCAAACGCAGAAGACUAUGGCAUCAUGAGGAUGUUUUUGAAGUCUUGACAGAAAGCACAGGAAGUGAUACAAUUGAAGGCAUUGUGUUGGAUAUGCCUAGCCUAAAACAAGAAGUUCAAUUAAAAGCCAACACCUUUGAUAAUAUGCGAAGGCUUAGAAUCCUCAUAGUUAGGAAUGGACAAGUUUCUGGAGCACCUCAAUACCUUCCGAAUAACUUGAGAUUGCUUGAGUGGAACAAAUAUCCUUUAACAUCUCUACCUGAUAAUUUUCAUCCAAAGACACUUGUUGUACUCAAUUUACCAAAGAGUCGUAUAAAAAUGGAUGAGCCAUUCAAGAAGUUUGAGCAUUUGACCUUUAUGAACUUCAGUGAUUGUGACUCUCUAACAAAACUACCUGAUGUAUCUGCAACCCCAAAUCUAACAAGAAUUCUCGUUAAUAAUUGUCGAAACUUGGUUGACAUUCAUGAAUCUGUUGGAGAUCUUGACAAACUAGUCACAUUAAGCACUGAAGAAUGCCCUAAACUCAAGAGUUUUCCGCGUGGCCUGAGAUCAAAAUAUCUGGAAUACCUUAAUCUUAGAAAGUGUUCAAACAUUCAAAGUUUCCCAGAUGUAUUGGCAAAAGUGGAAAAUAUGAAAAAUAUUGACAUCGGAGGGACAGCCAUAAAAAAAUUUCCUAGUUCAAUUGAAAACUUCAAAGGCCUUGAAGAGUUAGUAUUGACAUCAUGCACAAAUGUUGAAGAUCUACCUAGUAACACAGAUAUGUUUCAAAGUAUUGAAGAGCUGAAUGUGGAAGGAUGUCCUCAACUUCCAAAACUCCUAUGGAAGUCAUUGGAAGACAGGACUAAUGAUUGGCUUCCAAAGUUGAGCAAUCUGAGUCUAAAGAAUUGUAAUCUGUCAGAUGAAGAUCUUGAGUUAAUUCUCAAAUGUUUUCUACAAUUAAAAUGGUUGAUCCUAUCCGAUAACAACUUCUUGACCAUUCCUGAUUGCAUUGAAGACCUUUCUCAUCUCUUGCUUCUUAACAUAGAAAACUGCAAGCAUCUUAGAGAUAUUUCAGUGCUUCCGCCAUAUUUGCAAUAUAUAGAUGCAAGGAAGUGUAUGGCAUUGACUCCUCAAUCAUCAGACGUAUUAUUGAGCCAGGCAUUUCUGGAAGUUGAGUACAUAGACAUAGUUGUUCCAAGGAAAAAAAUUCCGAGUUGGUUUGAUCAUUGUAAUAAAGGAGAGUGUGUCGCCUUUUGGAUUCGUAAAAGCUUCCCUACAAUCGCUCUGUUUUUUCUUUUAUGUGGUGAUGAUGAUGAAAGGAAAACAAAUUAUACAUGUGAAUUCUGCGUACUAAUAAAUGGCAUACAAGUAUUCCAAGGAAGAAGCGAGUGGCCAGUUGAUCAUAUAUGGCUUUUUGAUCUGCGAACUCACCUCACCGCGAGCGAGUGGCAAGGCUUCAAUGAAAAAAUAAAAUCUAGUUGGAAUCAUGUGGAGAUUUCAUGUUCAGUCAUUGAUGAGUCAAAAAAUUUAACUAUAAAAUGUUGUGGAAUUCAUCUAUACAAAGAUAGAAUGAAUAUUCACCAUGUCUCCUUCAUAAGUCCCGAUCUUCAAAGCUCAAAUAUGGCCCGUGAUAAUGAUGGUUUUGAUAUCUAUGAUGAAGUCAGCGAUGAUGUUGUUUUUCCUUCAAUAUUUUCUAAAUAUUUUAACAAGACUAUAUUAGAGGCCAUGAGUGAUCUUCAAUCCAGCAAGAGAAAAGUUGAUAAUGAAUAUGACUUUGAUGAGGAGUUGGAAAUAGACAGUGACACUGACAUUGACUGCCAGUACAUGGAAGAGGAACACAAUUCAUCUUCCCUCAAUCAUCAAAUCUUAGAAAUGUUUGAACCUGUGUUAAACGACAAUGAAAAAGAUGCCAAUUCCAGCAAAAUCUUGCUUGAUCCUUCGACUGAAACAGAAGAAGAACCCCUUGUUACAAGUAUCUGGAAUCAAGUACCAUUACAUCAAACAAGCACAGACAAGGGAACACAGUUAGUUGAACAAAUCGAAGUUGAUUCAACAAAAAGAAAACAACUUAUCUUAAAUGCAGAGUCCACCAUAAAUAAAGACAAUAUGGAAGAAUUUUAUGCUUCGCUUGAAGCAGAAAUAACUUCUUCUUUACAAGUUCUACCAGACAAUGAAGCUGUGAGAACUAGGCCUAGUGAAGAAACUCAGAAAGCAUUGCAGAUUCUACUAGACUUUGUCUCAAAAAAGUUCUCUCUUUUGCUACAUCCAGGACGUUCCGGAUUGAUGAAAGAUAUUAUCAAGUACCUACUCAGUUUAACACCAAAUGAAGGAUUGUCUCUGAAAUCAAAAUCAAUAAUACUGCAGCUUUCACAUGGAUUUUCUCAGUGGAGCUUGGAUUACAACAAUGCAAACAUUAAACUUGAGUCAGCGACUACAAAUCUAACAAAAGCUGAGAAAGUGAAAGGUUAUCUUGAGGAUAAUGUGAAAGAUUUCCGAGAAAUGGACAUGGUGGAGAAGUGUUUGUCGAAUCAGUUGGUCUGCUUGCAAGAAGAGAAGAGAGAACUUGAAGAGAAAUUGAAUGCCAUAAAAGCUGAGAUUUAUGAUUUUUCAGCACAGCGAGACACGGUUGCUAAGAGAAAGACAGAAUUGUUUCAGAAAGGAACUGUGCUGAAAGCUGAAAGGGAUGAUUUGAGGAACCAAGUGCCAAGGUUGAAAGCUGAGAAGGAAUUGGCAAAUAUAACACAAGCAAAUAUUGAAGAAGAGUGGUCAAAGCUUGGAGAACAAUUCAUUGGAAGCAUCAAUUUUGAAGAGUUGACCUCGGAACCUUCACAUAAAUAA